AUGCAGUCGUUAAUCGACACUAAGGCUUGCAAUCAAUUGAUACUGUUUCAUUUGAGUUUUUUAAAUGAAAAUUCGUAUCGAUUUGAAGUGAAAUUAAAUGGAAUCAAUCAGAAUCAAAUCAGCAAUGUCCAGUUCUUUCUCAAUACAUUCAAUUCAAAAUAUACUCAAUACGAGCUCGUCUGUCGCUUUUUCUUUUUAAUAUGCACUACUAUUAUAACAUGUCUAUUUACGAAAUCCAUGCAACGAUAUUCCAUUCUCGAUUGGUCACUAGAACAACGAUGGAUGGUCUUUCUUCUCAUCUUUCUCGUUUUCUAUAACGAUCCAUUUUACCCGUUGACGUUUUUAUUGAAUAAUUCGUUUACAUCGAUUCUGGAUGGAAUACUGCAAACGACUUUUCUGGCAGUGUUAUUGCUGUUUUGGCUGAGUGUUUAUCAUGGCAUUCGUCAAAAUAUUCGUCGAUUUGUUCCAUUUUAUCUUCCAAAAAUCAUUCUUAUCGGUAUCCUUUGGAUGGUCUCUGUUGUGCUUUCAUCAGCACGUAUCGCACAAGAAUUUCGUGAUCCCAUGUACAAUCUUACUAUUGACAUACGGCCGUUCACGGCAAUUCGUAUUAUAUUUUACAUUGUUGGAAUACUUUAUGUUCUGUAUUUACUAUUCCUAAUUAUCCGAGCAUUCAGCGAGCUUCGCAAUACACCGUACUUCGAUAUUCGUUUGAAAUUCGCUACUCUGCUAAUGCUUUGCGUUGUGUGUAUCUUAAUUGUGAUUACAACACUUCGAUAUGGAUCGGACAUUAUGAAAGAAAACUUCGUUCCUGAAUUGGCAUCACGUUACAAGAAUUCAGUUGAAUUUCUCACCUUUCACAGUGUUAUUAAUCUGUACCUAUACACUAUGGCAUACGUGUAUAGUCCAGCAAAGAACGCCGCUGUUGAUUCAUUGUUCCAUGACAAUCCAACUUUCUCGAUGCUCAACGAUUCUGACGACGAUGUGGUCUAUGGAUCUGAUCAUGAAAUAUCUCGUUUUACUUCAAGUAACAAAUAA